ACAAAUACAAAGGCAAAACCUGAACGUUUAAAUGCACAAUAGGAGUACGGGAGUACCUUUGAAUAUUUCGUAAUUUUGCUAGUUUUGCGGGGAAAUCAUGUUUUUGAACAAUUAUGGUGAACCCGUUGCGGUGGAGGAAUUCGCAGUUCAAAAUUUGGACCCAAGCGUUCCUUUGUUAUUGGCUUGCCCAAAUCCACAAAUGGGCAGUCUGCCAGAAAACUGGACCGGUGUUGCAUACACAACGCGGCGUAUUAUAUCCGAAUUAAAGGAAGCUAAUCUUCUUAAAUUAAUCGAACAAAAACGUGUCCAGGAGUUACAAGAAAACAAAGCCACAGAGAUAAAACUGUCAGAUGGCAGCCGAAUCUUUAUAACGCCAUUUCUAUGGGCGAAAGCAAAGCAAGAUCCGAAAUUAAUUUUUUUUAUCAAAGAUCACUACCUAACGCGGAUAAUCGUGGAUGUACUUGCUAAUAACCUCAAUACUAUUAUAUCGAACAUGACCUUGCGGAAAGCCAUAAAAGAGGGAAUAGACAUUGUUCAUUUUAACGAUGGUUUUUCCAGGGGCUGUAAUCCUAAGGAUUCAAAAGUUCAACAUACUUGGACCAGGUUGCACCUAUUAAUUUAUCUAAUUCGGCCAAAAAAAUUAUGUGGGUUAUACGAAACAACGCUGCCGAAAUACAUAACACAAUGCUGCAGCAAGCCUGAUUUUAAUAGAUUUGUAUAUAUUUAGAAUUGAUAAAUAAAGUACAAAUUAACGUUUCAUGA